UCUGGUUGUUUGGGAUUUUUUGUUUUUUAAUUAAGUUGUAUAAGCUAUUAUAUAUUUUUUCAGACUUACCAUUUUCAAAUGUCUUCUCCGAUCCUGGAGAUUGUCUUUUCAUUUUAUUGAUGGUUUCCAUUGCUGUGCAAAGGCAUUUAAGUUUAAUUAGGUCCCAUUUGUUUAUUUUUGCUUUUAUUUUCCUUGAAAGAGGAGACAGAUCCAAGAAAACAUUGCCAAAACUUAUGACAGUUUUUCUUAAUGUGAUAAUUGUGCCUCUCUCUAUUCAUGUGGAAUAGUGGCCCUCAAAUUUUAGUAAGCCUCAGAAUCACUUGGAGAACUUAUUAACCUAAACGUCUGUGGCUCUCUCAUCUGAAAGUUUCUGAGUGAACAUGCAUGAGUUGGGAGAAGGGAAUUGUAUUUCUAACAAGUUUCCAGGUGAUGCUGAUGUUGCUGGUCUCUGUGAUGGAUGCAUAGAUAAGAGGAAGCAUUAGUAGAGCAAAUCCUCAGAUAACCUUUAUUAAAGCAGUUUCAGGUGGCCUGCUGUAACCUGAUUCUUCUGCCAUCAUAAAAUUGUCUCAUAAUGCCAACUCAUCUUACAGGGGCACCAAUAACUGCCAAUAAUGUCUAAAACAUUUUAUUUGAGAUUUAUCAAUAUAAAGUUAUAUAUAAAAAUUUUUAAAUGUAAUCAUAAUAUAAAGCCUCUGAUGAUAACCAGGAAUGCCCCGGACCACUGCUCUCUACUCCUAAUUUCUGAUACCCAAGGCAACCAUGUCAAUUUUCUAUCUUUCUUCUGAUACAGGCUCCCAUAUUUGUACAUAGAAUGUGUAUAUUACUGUUCUUUGAUUUUUUUUCCAUUUGUUUUUAACUAUUGUUUUCCUGUUAUAUGACAUGUAUAUUUAGCUAUCUUUUUCCACCCUUACCCUCAACCUCUGAAAUGGUUACAGCACCACUUUUACUCAACCCAUGUUUAGGUAAGAAUAUUCACACCUAAAGCAAGCAGUGUGUUAUAAUUACACCUUCCUUCUUGUACAUUGGGUUUUUUUGCCUCUAGUUAUUAAUUGCCCCAUUUUCCUUUUGCUUAUAUUUUUGUAUAUGCAUCAUUAAUCCAUCCUAAUCUCUUUGGAAGAACUGUAACUCUUAAUAUGUUUUUAAAGAUAGGAGGACAGUAAGUUUUUCUAUAUGCUUUUUUUUUUUUUUUUUUUUCACAAAAGCAUCCUUUUUGGAGCUGCUUUCCACCCCAUCCACCUUGUACAUUCAGGAUUGGAUGUUCUCUAGAUGUACUUCUUCCAUUUUGCCACUUCCCUUCAACUUUUAUCUUUAUGUCUCUGAUUCUCUUGUUUUUUCUCUCCCUCUCUUCCCCCUCCCCCUCCCUGUUAUCCUGCUCCUCCUUUUUCUUCUUUUUCUUUUGACUUUCUUCAUGGCAUUCCUUUGACCUUCACUUUCCAAUGGUCUCUCAAUUACUCUCUUACUAUCUCAUUUUCACAUUCCAAGAGUUCUUUCUCAUUCUCAAAAUUCUCUUUUUAAAUUUCACUUUCAAUAGAGAACCUUUUCUUAAAGCUCUCUGAGGAAAUUAAAUUUAGAUUUUUUGGAGGAAGGGUCAGUUUUCUUCUGAGCCUUACAUUGCCUCCAUUUCUUUCAGGUUUAUCAGAGCUCUUGUUUAUUUCAGCCUCUGAUUUUAUGUUAAAAUUCUCCCAAAUGCCUCGUAAUUCUUGGCUGUUCCUACCUGUAAGUGAAGGAGUGGAAACACUCCUAUGAAGUGCUGUGUGUCUGGAAGAACUUCCCCUCACAGUUACUAGGUGUGCAGUUACCUGGGCGCCAGUGCCUGGUCCUUUCUUUUUAUUCAGUUUUUUAAAAUAGGAAUUUAUCUUCUCUUGUCUAAGGGGCGUGAGUCUGCUGGCAGCUUUCUGGGAGCCCAGUGAGGGCCAUAUGUGCUUAACAACACUCAGUAUAUAGACUCACAGAGAACCCUGAUUUUUCCUACAGGGAGCGGCAUGAGAACACACUUCUUUCAUUUAAACUCCAGUUCUCUACAGGUGGAUAGCAUGGUGGAUGGGCCUCAGGAAUCACCUGGUUGUUGAAAAAGGGAAUCUAACCCAGGAGAAUCUAAUCUAUGUAAAAAUGUCGAUCUUACGAUUUUCACCUAUAAUCCUGUCCUCAGAAAUACUUGAUGCCUCCAAUUUUACAUAUUUUAGAAGUUCAUUGGCCAAAAAACCAAAAAAAAUUCCCUCCCAGUAACUCUCAGACAUUUAUAAAAAGUUCACGUCAGUUCCACUGUCUGCUUUCUUGAUUCUCUGAGCUUUACUGUCAUUCUCAGAGGUUUUCUGGAGGAAGCAAAUAUUAACUCUUGUGGUCAAUCUGCUUUCUUUUACCAGCUGCUAAGAAUUAUCUGCUUUAAAUAUAACAAGAUAAGGGAAACUGAAUGUGCCUGACAAAGUUGGAGGAGGUCACGGAAAGGUCAUGACCCCUGGUUAACCGCAAACUGGACGUAAGCAGUGGGAGGCUCCUCACCCCUCCCUGGUCCUUGGAAUGGGCGCUUUGCCCACUGUUUCCACUUAAGACCUCUUUCAAGGAUUCAGGCUCAAGAGAGAGCAAAGCAGUGCUGAGACCAUCUGAUUGGAUAGUGACUAAGCCCCACCCCUUAAGGCCUCCCAAUAAAGGUUCAAGAUGCAGGUGGGUGGUGCAGAGAGUUGUUGGUCUUGGGGCUGUUCCCCACAAACCUGAUGCUUACUGUGUCAGUUAUCUGCAUGAUACACUUGCCUCUUCUGAUCUGGGCAGGGUGGGGGUGGAGUCUGCAUCCUUCUCUGGGCUCUCCUUGCAGUCCACGUAAGGGGGCUGGCUUGUGAACUAACAAUUGGGAACCCCAAAGCAGCCCAAAGAAACGGGCCUGUGGAAAGAGAUAUCUACAGGAAAGAUCCCAAGUUGGCUGACACCCUCUAUGUGGGGAGGGGUGGUCCGAAUAUUAGAUGCUUGUGGAUGUCCGGAAAACACCAGAUGGACCAGUGCAAUUACCUAGAGAAUUGCUGUAACGCCCAGCGCCCAAGACAGGGAAGAAAUGAUCCCGGAAGUGGGCCGACCUCUCCUCCACAGAUGCUGCUAAAGACUGAAACUCAGACAUUUCCACUGGGCCUGGGAGAUGGGCAAUUCUAUGCAUGGACAGAUGGUUUGAGAAGAAAGGACUGGCAUGACUAUGGGAGCAUUCAGAAAGAGGCUAUGCGCUCAGGGAAGGGUGAGCAUGGAAAACCUUACCCUCUCACGGAAGAGGACCACGAUGACUCAGCUUACAGGGAAAACGGUUUCAAUAUUUUUGUCAGCAACAAUAUUGCUCUAGAGAGGUCCCUGCCGGAUAUCCGCCACGCCAACUGUAAGCACAAGAUGUACCUAGAAAGGCUGCCAAACACCAGCAUCAUUAUCCCAUUCCAUAACGAAGGCUGGACGUCACUCCUACGUACCAUACACAGCAUCAUCAACCGAACCCCGGAAAGUCUGAUAGCAGAAAUCAUCCUGGUUGAUGACUUCAGUGAUCGAGAACACUUGAAGGAUAAGUUGGAAGAAUACAUGGCUCGGUUUUCCAAAGUGAGGAUUGUUCGAACCAAGAAAAGGGAAGGGCUCAUCCGGACCCGACUCCUGGGGGCGUCCUUGGCCAGAGGAGAAGUCCUGACCUUCCUGGACUCCCACUGCGAGGUCAACGUCAACUGGCUGCCCCCGCUCCUCAACCAAAUUGCACUAAACCACAAAACCAUCGUGUGCCCUAUGAUCGAUGUCAUCGACCACAAUCAUUUUGGGUACGAGGCACAAGCUGGCGACGCCAUGCGAGGCGCCUUCGACUGGGAGAUGUACUACAAGAGAAUCCCCAUACCCCCCGAGCUGCAGAGGGCGGACCCCAGCGACCCCUUUGAGUCUCCCGUUAUGGCUGGAGGUCUCUUUGCUGUGGAUCGAAAAUGGUUUUGGGAGUUAGGAGGCUAUGAUCCAGGCUUGGAAAUCUGGGGAGGAGAGCAAUAUGAAAUCUCUUUCAAGGUUUGGAUGUGUGGAGGAGAGAUGUUUGAUGUCCCGUGUUCCAGAGUCGGUCACAUCUACAGGAAGUAUGUCCCUUAUAAAGUUCCAUCUGGGACCAGCCUGGCAAGAAACCUGAAGCGGGUGGCGGAGACCUGGAUGGACGAGUUUGCUGAGUACAUUUACCAGCGGCGCCCAGAGUACAGGCACCUCUCCACGGGGGACCUCUCUGCCCAGAAGGAGCUGCGCAAACAACUCAAGUGCAAGGACUUCAAGUGGUUCAUGGCGGCUGUGGCCUGGGAUGUGCCCAAGUACUACCCUCCGGUGGAGCCCCCACCCGCCGCCUGGGGGGAGCUUCGAAACGUGGCAGCCAAUCUCUGCGUGGACAGCAAGCACGGAGCCACAGGAACUGAACUGAGACUGGACAUCUGUGUCAAGGACGGCUCUGAAAGGACGUGGUCUCAUGAGCAGCUCUUCACCUUUGGUUGGAGAGAAGAUAUUCGACCUGGCGAGCCCUUGCACACCCGGAAAUUCUGCUUCGAUGCCAUCUCGCACAAUAGCCCGGUCACUCUCUACGACUGUCACGGCCUGAAGGGGAACCAGCUCUGGGGCCACCGGAAGGACAGAACACUUUUCCAUCCUGUGAGUAACAGCUGCAUGGACUGCAACCCUGCAGAGAAGAAGAUUUUCAUGGCCAGAUGUGAUCCUCUCUCUGAGACUCAGCAGUGGAUUUUUGAACAUAUUAAUAUGACUGUUUUAGAAAAAUUUAACUACCAUGCCAGCUCCUAGAAAGAACAAAAAAGAAAGACUGAUCACCUACAGAGGAUAAAAACUCAAUUUUAGCCAGCGUCUGGGUCGAAGGAGUCAGGAAUAACAUUUCCUAGAUCCAGGAAGCCUGGUUUCAAGAUCUGUAAAUGCCACGUCCAAGUAGGCUGUCCUGAAGGACUUCCUGCACCUGAAGAACUUGGCUGAGAACCUCACCAGCUGCUUCUGGGAACUUGAGACGAGCAGUCCCCUUGCUGGCCAAGGGCAAAGAUUAUUUAGGGACUUUUCCAAACAACUGCUGAGUUAAUAAAUCCUAGCAUUUCUCAGGUCAAAUCCUGCAGUAGUGAGUAGCUAUGAAUGGAUCCUACUAAGGGGGGUGGGGGGGAGAUGGAGGGCGUGACCACUCUGACACCCUGGGGCAGACCCCUCAGGUUUAGACCGAGCGGUUCUCUGACCAGGAUGGGUUAAAAGUGCUGCAGAUGAUUCUAGAGUUCUCAUACCAUUCUGUUUUCUUCUUUCAUUUUUCAAUGAGGGUGUGCUAUCUCAGACUUAAAUGACAUGAUGAAAUAUACUUCCAGCGUCCCCACAGGCAUCGGCCAUUUUUCCUUUUGCGGCAGAGGUAACUGACUGUUCCUAAAAGUUCAUGCUCCACAAAUCAGCUGACAUUCUACUUCAGUGCCCUUGUAAUGAAUCCAGUUUAAAAACAAAAAUGUAAAACUAUGCUACCAAGUUACUCCAAAGAGAAGGAUUUCACGGAGGCAGCAAAAACCAUGUCAGGUUUAGGAGAGGAAUUUCCCUAGGAAAUCUAUUUUUACUUUUCUAUUAUUUCUAGAAUUUUAAAAGCCUGAUGUUGGUCCAGUCACAGUUUUAUUAAGGAAGGAAAUGGAGUGAGGUUGAUGUAAUCUGUUGAGGAGAUUCUUAAAUCCAAAUAAAUCUGCACUCCAAGUAAUGUGUGAAAAUGGCCUGGUGCACUUCAAUUGUGUCUGAUCAGUGCUGGGGACAUAGAACGAACUGGUUUGCUUUUGUUCUGGGUUGGAUUUCUGUUGACUUCUUUUAUAUUGUUGAUAUUAACGAUGCUUUUGUUUUCCUUGGAAGCACAUAGAAGGGAUUUCCAUCAAUAAAGUGCUUCUGACCCCACUUUCUGUUAAUGGGACAGUAUUUCAGGGAUGAUUAAAAAACUAAAUGGAACAUUUAAUCCUUAAAGGAGUUUUUUUUUUAAUUUUAUUUUAAUAGCAAUGGGGGAGAAGGAGGAAUAGUCAGGGAUCAAAAUCAAUGCCGAGAGGGAAUUCCGGUCGUGAUGCAGUGGAAACGAAUCCGACUAGGAACCUCGAGGUUGUGGGUUUGAUCCCUGGCCUUGAUCAGUGGGUUAAGGAUCCAGCGUUGCUGUGAUCUGUGGUGUAGGUCCCAGACGUGGCUCAGAUCUGGCGUUGCUGUGGCUGUGGCAUAGGCGGGCAGCAACAGCUCCGAUUAUUAGACCCCUAGCCUGGGAACCUCCAUAUGCCGCAGGUGCAGCCCUAAAAAG